UGGGAAUAAAAGUUAAGCUAAGUGAUUACAAUUCUCUGAAUUUUUUUUCAGGAUACAUACUGGUUACUUCUAUUGACUGCUUGUACUGGGUCUAUCCAGCAUGGAGUUAACUUCCUUCAUAGCAGCUCCUGUGAUGCUGUGGUUUAGAUUUGUGACCAAAACAAUACUGAUAACAGGCUAAUGCUUUAGCUAUUUCUGAGCAGUGUUUACACAGCAUCAAGGCCUUCUCUGUUUCUCACUCUGACCCUCCAGCUGGGGGGCAAGAGGUGGGGAGGGGACACAACCGGGCAGAUAACCUGAUCUAACCAAGGAGAUCCUCCAUGCCAUGUAGUUCCAUGCUAAGCAACAAAAAGGAGAGGAGUGGCUUUAGGGAGGUUAGCCAUCUUUUGCUUGGGAAUUGGCUGGGCCUCAGUCUGCCUGUGGGAGGUGGGAUUUGGGGUAUUGGAGUUGCAACUCAGAAAGCAAACUUGAAUCAAAUUCCACUUGGUCGAGAUGUCCAUAGCCUGGUGAUGAGAAAUGAUGGAGCUCUCUACUAUAACAAUGAGGAGAAAAACAGACUACCAGCGAACAACCUUCCUCAGGAAGGUGAUGUGGUGGGCAUUACAUAUGACCAUGUAGAAUUAAAUGUAUAUUUAAAUGGGAAGAACAUGCAUUGUCCAGCUUCAGGAAUCCGAGGGACUGUCUAUCCAGUGGUCUAUGUUGAUGACAGUGCCAUUCUGGAUUGUCAGUUCAGUGAAUUUUAUCACACACCUCCACCAGGGUUUGAAAAGAUCCUUUUUGAGCAACAAAUCUUCUGAAUGUCUUCGUACUGAAAAUUUGCACCCUGCACUGUUACAAAAGCUUUGUCAUCUUAAAUAAAGCUUCACGUUACGUUUAGAAACCAUAUCUGUAUUUUAAGUAAGUACUUGUGACUGUGGUCUGCAGAAUUAAUGUGUUGACUGCAACACCAGGUAACUGUACUGCAAAUAUGAGAUUUCUGGCAAUGAUCUGUAGUUGAGAAUGAGUGUUUGGGGCAGGAUUUUUCUCCGAUUUGUACUUGAUGCAUAAGCAUACCAAGGGACAUUAUUGUCAUCAGUAUUACAAUCAGUAUUUUGAAAAAACUGGAGCUCUGUAAAGCAAAUAGUUCUUAUGCAUACGAUAGCUAUGGAGAUGGAUAGUUCUCUUGACUAUAUUUUUCCCCCUAGCUUUUUCACCGGAAGUUCAUACUUUGUUUAAAGGGAGCACUAUAUGUCCAGCAUGUGAUUUGGAGUUGCGAUGUCCCAGUUGUGCACAGUGACUAGCCAUACAAUGGCAUAACUAGCAGAUAUGGGUACUUUUUCUGCAAGGUAUAGUUGAAUCGAUUCCCUCAGUCUUAGACAAGCAAAUGUAACUUAUUUAUUUCUCCUAGCUUUUAAUUUGCUUUUAUUGUCACAAAUAAUAAUAACACUCUCUAGUAAUACUUUUUUGCUGGACCUUAAAAAUGAAACCUGAACACUACCUGUGUGUUUGAGGACCACCACGCUGCGUUGCUCGUGUAGGAGAGCAAGUACAGAUCACUCAGUUUGGGUAUGUCAAGAGUCAGGUGGGAAGGCUAGGAGAUGUUACGGUGAAGCCUUACAUCUUAAACCGUAAGUUAGAUUAUUCUCUUACGGAAUAGCAUAUUUAAUUUCUUUGUGAAUCAUUUAUGAACGAUUGAUGGCUAAGACAUUGUUCUAAAAUGUGAUGCCCUUGAAUAUAAAUUAUGAGAUGUUUUCUCUUUUUUUGCUCUUGUCGCAUUUAAUAUACUUCCUAAAAGAAUUUUUAUUGUAAAGAAAAUCUUCAUACUGAAUGUUUGUGUUUUGGGUUUUGCUCUUCCUGGGUUAAUGCAUUUUCAUAAAUGAAUUAUUUUAUUUAAAUAUUUUUAGAAAUUACCUGAUUCUGGAAUUUUCAAAUACAAGCAGCUUUCUCAAAGCCUUUCACCUUA